UGUUUUCAUUAUCGCUGUCACAGCUGUUUUAACUUUCUUUUUCCAGAUAUUAUUCUGAAUUAUAGCGAGUUUUAGGGUUACAACAGUAAAAUACUCAGAGAUUUUAGUUAUAGUGUACUCUAAAGAAUUAGCCAAUUAUUUGGAAGAUGAUUAACAGUCUUUUCAUCAUUAAUUCAUCCGGAGAUGUUUUUAUGGAAAAACAUUGGAAAAGCGCAGUCGCACGCUCAUUAUGCGACUACUUUUUUGAUCAACAGCGAAGAGUUUUGUCGCCCGAGGACACUCCUCCUGUAAUAGCAACACCUCAUCAUUAUUUAAUCAGUAUUUAUCGUUGCAAUAUGUUCUUUGUCGCAGUUUGUACGACAGAAGUUCCUCCUCUAUUUGUAAUAGAAUUUCUACACAGAGUAGUGGAUACUUUUGAGGAUUAUUUUAACGAAUGUACAGAAACUAUCAUCAAGGAAAACAAUGUAGUUGUCUAUGAAUUAUUGGAUGAAAUGUUAGAUAAUGGAUUUCCAUUGGCUACAGAGUCUAAUAUUCUCAAGGAGUUGAUAAAACCCCCAAAUAUUUUACGUACAAUCGCAAACACAGUUACAGGAAAAUCCAACGUGAGUGCAAUUUUACCAAGUGGACAGUUGUCGAAUGUUCCAUGGAGAAGAACUGGUGUUAAAUAUACGAAUAACGAGGCAUAUUUCGACGUUGUCGAAGAAGUUGACGCAAUAAUUGACAGAACUGGUGCCACUGUUUUUGCCGAAAUACAGGGCUAUAUUGACUGUUGUAUUAAACUUAGUGGAAUGCCAGAUUUGACAUUAUCUUUUGUCAAUCCGAGGCUCUUCGACGAUGUCAGUUUCCACCCUUGUGUCAGAUUUAAAAGAUGGGAGUCUGAAAGGAUACUCUCAUUCGUCCCGCCAGAUGGAAAUUUUCGCCUACUUUCAUAUCACAUAGGAUCCCAAAGUAUUGUCGCGAUUCCCAUUUAUGUGAAACAUAAUAUCAGUUUGAAGGAAGCUGCUGGUGGAAGACUCGACAUAACAGUAGGACCAAAGCAAACUGUCGGCAGAGUUGUGGAAAACGUAAGUUUGGAAAUUCCAAUGCCGAAAAUUGUGUUGAACUGCAGUCUAGUGCCAAACCAAGGAAAAUAUUCCUUUGAUCUCGUUAGCAAAGUACUGGUUUGGGAUAUCGGAAGAAUAGAUGUUUCCAAAUUACCUAAUCUUAGAGGAUCGAUUACCAUACAAAAUUCGCCGACAGUUUCCGAAUCGAAUCCCGCAAUUAACGUGCAUUUUACCAUAAAUCAAUUAGCUGUGUCUGGACUGAAAGUCAAUAGACUGGAUAUGUAUGGAGAAAAGUAUAAGCCGUUUAAAGGAGUGAAAUACAUUACAAAAGCUGGAAGAUUCCAGAUUAGAAUGUGAACGAGAUUACAAUUUACAUAGAGAAUUUUUUCAUUCCAGUGUGUACAAAGUUGAAGGUUAUUAAUAAAUAAAGAAAAUUUA